CGGCGGAUCUGGCACCCAUGUGGAUGCUGUAGGCUGGUGUGGACUAGAGAAGCUAGGUCUGACAUAGGCCUCUAAACACUUCUGAAGAUGGAGGAAAAAGACCAAAAGAAACACCGCAAGAAAAACAGCGGACCCAAAGCAAGCAAGAAGAAGAAUCGUCAGCAGGCGGAAGCAGGAGUCGCUACAGAAGAAGAUGCCAGAAAAAGGAAUCCUAAAGCCUUUGCAGUGCAGUCUGCAGUGCGCAUGGCAAGGAACUUCCACAGGACACAGGAUCUCAAGACAAAAAAGCAUCACAUUCCAGUUGUUGAUCGAACCCCAUUAGAGCCUCCUCCUGUGGUUGUGGUGGUGGUUGGACCCCCAAAAGUUGGAAAGAGCACCCUGAUCCGAUGUCUGAUUAAAAACUUUACCAAGCAGAAGCUGAGUGAAAUCCGUGGACCUGUGACCAUUGUUUCUGGGAAAAAGCGUCGCCUUACCAUCAUAGAAUGUGGCUGUGACAUCAAUACCAUGAUAGAUCUGGCUAAAGUUGCAGAUCUGGUCUUGAUGCUCAUAGAUGCAAGUUUUGGGUUUGAGAUGGAGACAUUUGAGUUCCUGAACAUCUGCCAGGUCCAUGGCUUUCCAAAAAUAAUGGGGGUCCUAACCCACCUGGACUCCUUCAAGAACAACAAGCAAUUGCGCAAGGUCAAGAAGAGGCUGAAGCACAGAUUCUGGACUGAAGUUUAUCAGGGUGCCAAGCUGUUCUACCUCUCGGGGAUGGUGUAUUCAGAGUACCAAAAACAAGAAAUCCGUAAUCUGGGACGCUUUAUCUCUGUAAUGAAAUUUCGCCCGCUGGUCUGGCAGACUUCUCAUCCUUAUGUUCUAGCAGAUAGGAUGGAAGAUUUAACUAAUCCAGAAGAUAUCAGAAUGAAUCCUAAGUGUGACCGCAAAGUUUCUCUGUACGGUUACCUGCGUGGGGCAUAUUUAAAGAAUAAGAGCCAAGUUCACCUACCAGGUGUUGGGGAUUUUGCCCUUUCAGAUGUAAGCUUCUUGUCUGAUCCAUGUCCACUCCCUGACAAACUGAAGAAGCGUUCUCUAAAUGAAAAGGAGAAAACAAUCUACGCUCCCCUCUCAGGUGUCGGUGGUGUGGUCUAUGAUAAAGAUGCCGUAUACAUAGACAUGGGACCACAUCAUGUUCAACAGGAGCAGCAGCGAGCUGCGAAGCCCUCCCAUGAACUGGUUCAGAGCCUGAUUUCUAUGAAUGUCACUAUUGAUUCCAAGAUGUCAACCAGCAAAGUGUCCUUAUUCACAGACUCCAAGCCACUGGGCAUUGAGGAUGUUGAAAAAAAGAACUUUGUAAUGCCUACUGAAGAACAAGUAGUGGAUGCUAAAACUGGGCGUAUUCGUCGCAAAGCAGUAUUUCAAGAUGACAAGGAUGGGGAACCUGGAGAAGAGGACGACGAGGAUGAGGAUGAGGACGACGAGGAUGAGGAUGAAGAUGACGAAGCUGAUGUUGGGGAGGAGGUAGAGGAAGAUGAUGGUGAAGAGGAUGAUGAAACAUCAGAGGAGGAUGAGAGAUUUGAAGAGCAGCAGCCCACCCCAAGGGCUGUUAAACGCAUAAAACUGGAGGAUAAAAAGCAAUCUUCCUCAUUUGAGAUGCCUGCCUUUGCCGACAGCGAUGAUGACCUGGAGGACAGCGACGAAGAGAAAAAUGGCAUGGAAGAAGAUGGAGAAGAGGAGGAUGAUGAGGAAUCAGACAGUGACGAGGAAGUACAGGGGAAGAAAAAGAUCAGUUUUAAAAAACCAAAACACCCAGCAAACACCAAUAGGAAAACGCCAGUAUUGGACAGUGGGAACUGCACUGGGGAGGAUGGUAUGUCAUCUGAAUCUGAUAUAAUAGAAGACAUAGAGGGUGAAGACUCAGAAGAGGAGGGAGAAGAGCUAGAGGGGACUUCUGGGGAGGAGGAGGAGAAUGAUGAUGAAGAGAACCUACUAAAAGAUGACGAUUCCUUUACUGAAGAUCACAGCACUUCUGAAGACACAGUUGGUGGUUUAAAGUGGAAAGAAGACCUGAAGAAGAAGGCGGCGGAAGUUUUUCUUCGGCAUCAACAGUCUGUGCCUAAUCUCCGAAAACAUGUUUAUGGAACAGUGGCUGAAGAAGAGGAGGUUAAUGAUAAGGGAGAAGAACUGGGUGGCCUGUUCCAUGUGAGUCGUCCAGAGAAGGAAUCUAAAAGAGCAGCUAAUGCCCUGGACUGUUCCAAAUUUGUGGUGGAGAGCCCUCAGGACUGGGAUGCUGAAGAGGUCAUGGACUGCAUCCGGGAUUGUUUUGUAACUGGCAAAUGGGAAGCGGAUAAAGAUGCAGAAAAAUUGUUGGAGGAAGAUGAAGAACUCUAUGGUGAUUUUGAAGAUUUAGAGACAGGAAAGGUGCACAAGGGCAAACCUGAGUCCCAAGUGGAAGAGAGUGAAGGUGAAAAUGAAGGAGACGAUGAAGCAGGGGACAAGGCCGUCCCUGCAGUGGAAGAAGAGAAGAAGCACCGUCUGGAGAAGAAACGUAAGCUAAAGGAGCGGUUCGACUUGGAGUACGAUGAUGUUGAUGCUGAGGCUACAUACUUUGAUGACCUGAAGGGCGAGAUGCAGAAGCAGGCAGAGCUCAACCGCGCAGAGUUCGAAGACCAGGAUGAUGAAAUCCGUGUGCAGUAUGAAGGCUUUCGACCUGGCAUGUACCUCCGCAUAGAAAUUGAACAUAUGCCCUGUGAAUUUGUAGUGAACUUUGACCCUCAUUAUCCAAUGAUUUUAGGGGGAUUGGGAAACAGUGAAGGAAAUGUUGGCUAUAUCCAGAUGAGGCUGAAAAAGCACCGAUGGCACAAAAGAAUUCUAAAGACAAGAGAUCCCUUGAUCUUUUCCCUGGGCUGGAGGCGAUUCCAGACAGCCCCUCUUUAUUACAUCGAGGAUCACAAUGGACGCCAUCGGCUUCUCAAGUAUACGCCAGAACACAUGCACUGUGGAGCCGCUAUAUGGGGGCCCAUCACCCCCCAGGGAACAGGCUUUCUGGCUGUUCAGUCUGUUAGCUCCACCACAGCAGAUUUCCGUAUAGCUGCUACAGGUGUUGUGUUAGAUCUGGACAAAUCUAUCACGGUGGUGAAGAAGCUCAAGUUGAUAGGAUAUCCAUGCAAGAUCUAUAAAAAUACUGCUUUUAUUAAGGGGAUGUUCUCUUCUGUCCUUGAAGUGGCUAAAUUUGAAGGUGCCUCUGUGCGCACAGUGAGCGGUAUUCGAGGGCAAAUCAAAAAAGCCCUGCGGACCCCAGAGGGCGCAUUUAGAGCAACCUUUGAAGACAAGCUCCUAAUGAGUGACAUUGUAUUUCUCCGCACCUGGUUCCCAGUCACUGUGCCCACCUUUUAUAAUCCGGUCACCUCCCUGCUGAAACCUGUGGGCCAGAAAGAGACCUGGACUGGUAUGAAAACCGUUGGACAGCUCAGGCACGAGCUUGGCAUCAAACGGAAACUGCGAAAAGAUUCUCUGUACAAGCCUAUUGUGCGACAAGAAAGGCACUUUAAUGCGCUCCACAUUCCCAAAGCUUUACAAAAAGCUCUGCCAUUUAAAAGUAAGCCCAAAAUGAUGGAGAAGAAGGGCAAGCCAACAAGAGACAAACUGCGGCCAGCUGUUAUUAGAGAACCUCAUGAACGGAAGAUAAGUGCUCUCCUUGCUGCUUUGGGCACAGUUAAAAACUACAAGAAACAGAAGUCAAAGACAAAACACAAAGCACAAAGGAAGGAGUUUGUGCGCAGCAAGCAGAAAGAGGAGGAGGACAAACUAAAGAGGCAGAAGGAGGCCAGGAAAAAGCUUUUCCGUGCAAUUGGACAGAGAGAGAAGAAAAAGCAGAAGUCAAGUCUCAGAGGCAGCAAAGAACACAGCUGACAAUCCUGACCUUU